AUGAACGACGUCCCGGAGGUAUCCCUACAUCAACUCAACAGGUCCAAGGACAAGGCCGUACGUGACCACGAAUGGUACGGCAAGAAGCGACUGGCUGCCGUGUACGGGUGGAUGGCGCUCCUCCUCAACGCGUUGGUCAAGGGGCCGGUGACCCUCUGCGGCCGUGACAUCAACUCUGUCUUCUUCUUCUCGCGCUUAUGCUCGGUUGCAUCGGCCAAGAUCGGCGGAUUCCAUCUCGACACGCGCGUCGAGAUGCCCUUUGCCAUGCCGUCGACGGGCGUGGACGAGUCGUUUGUUUCGGUCUGCCCGGAUGCUCGCGUCGUGAUCCGCCUCGAAAACUGCGAUCGGCAUUGGAAACGCGACGAAAUGCGGACGUCGCUGCGUCGAACGAUCAGGGGCCUGUCCAAGGACUGGACGCGAUCGCUCAAUGCGCAGCUGGCCGCCAGCCUCUUUGACUCACGCGAUCUCUCGACGCACUCGCUCUACUUUCACAAGUUUCGCCUCGGUCGCGCAAUCCCGGCCCAGGAGGAGAUGGACAUCUACCGCCGGAUCUUUCGUGCGAUGGGCUAUGGCGAGGAUCUCGUCGUGGACGAUCGCUUCAACCUGCCCAAUUUGUCCGGCGGCCUGCGCUCCCUCCCCAACCAAUUCUACGUCUGGGUGCCCCACCGACACGAACCGGACUUUCGCAAAGAUUUUGUUCGUGGUUGUACGUCGAUGAGGUCGAGCGUGGCAUCGAUUCCGCAGGCCGAGUAUGCGUUCUCCAUGUCGCGCAGCAUCGCAUCGUUGCCAUUGAAGUCGGCCAACAAAACGCGACGGAUCAUCAGGUUGUCGGUCCACACGUUAUGGAUUUCGGAUUCGGGCAUCCACCUCUCGGCGUCCGUGAUCCCCUCAUAA